CGGCCCGGCGGCCCCAUGAAGGAGUACAAGGUGGUGGUCCUCGGGAGCGGCGGCGUGGGCAAGUCCGCGCUCACCGUGCAGUUCGUCACGGGCACCUUCAUCGAGAAGUACGACCCCACGAUCGAGGACUUCUACAGGAAGGAGAUCGAGGUGGACUCCUCGCCCUCCGUGCUCGAGAUCCUGGACACGGCCGGGACGGAGCAGUUCGCCUCCAUGAGGGACCUCUACAUCAAGAACGGCCAGGGCUUCAUCCUGGUCUACAGCCUGGUGAACCAGCAGUCCUUCCAGGACAUCAGGCCCAUGCGGGACCAGAUCGUGCGGGUGAAGCGCUUCGAGAAGGUACCGCUCAUCCUGGUGGGCAACAAGGUGGACCUGGAGGCGGAGCGCGAAGUGGCGGGCGCGGACGGGCGGGGUCUGGCCCAGGAGUGGGGCUGCCCUUUCAUCGAGACGUCCGCCAAGAGCAAGACCAUGGUGGACGAGCUGUUUGCCGAGAUCGUGCGCCAGAUGAACUACACCACGUUGCCCGAGAAGCAGGAGCAGUGCUGCACGGCCUGCGUGGUGCAGUGAGGCCCCGGCCCUCCAGCCCGCCUGCCAGGAGGCCCCUUUGUGAGCCACGCCGGAGCAUGGACUCCUGACCCUUGGACCCCUGGACCGUAUGCGAGUCGGCAGGGAGCCGCUCUGUCCCACAGCGAGCUGAGGGCGGACGCCGGAGCUCCUCUCGCCCUGGACCUCUAGGCUCCAGUUGGGUGCCGGGGCACGGGGGAGUCUCCUGUGAGCUGUGACUGAAAAGAGACACCAUCAUUUCUGCUUCCCUCACAGGGAGGGGGAGACGGGAGGGGCGGCCGGGCAAGAAUUUGCACAGGACUGUGUCUUUGAAAGUGCUGUCGAUUAUAUUCUCUUUUUAUCGUUUUAUAAAUGAUACAGUAGAGGCUCCUUCCACAACACAUCGGACUUACGUGACGGUGCGAUUGGUGGCUCUGAAUUCUCAUGAGAAACUCUUUACACGAACUGAAAUUUUAAUUCAGAAUGUGAUGCUUGGGGACAUCGACCAACGUGAGGCAAGCAGCCUGACCUCCCUCCCAACAUGGCAAUGGCUUCUCCUGCACGCCUGCUUGCAGCAACGUGGAAAUCUCGUGACUCCAUCACCUGUACUACUACUACUAUUAAUAAUAACGCUCCUUAAAAAGUUGUGAAGACGGUGCUAAAAGCAGAAAACGCAAAGGAAAGCCUUACCUCUCGGGUUAAGACUUCAAGUGAUGAAAAGCAGAGAGCUCUCUUGAAAGGCAACAUCAUGACAAGUGACUGUAUGAUGUGAUUUAUUGUUCUUGUAUGGUUAUGGGUGUUAAAAGUAAUAUGUAACUGACAAUUGCCUCAUUGGGUAGCGUUCUAAUUCUAAUAAUAUGGCACAUUUCAGAAUCAGGAUCUCAAAGCACUUUACAGUAAAGAUGUGUUAGUUUUUAAAGUAAUUUACAAUGAAUAUCAGCGUUUAAAAUGACAACAGUAAGGGAACGGAGUACAUCCAUUGUCAAUGAGCACUUGUCUAAUGCAGGCCUAUAGUGGUAGCACAGGGUGUGAUGCAGGAUACACUGUGAAUGGGACAGCGGUCCGUGGCGGUGCGGUCACACACACUUAUUCAGUCACACACACUAAGGGCUAUCUGGAGUCAUAAAUUCAGAUGAAGCACACACUGCUGGACUCUGGAAGGAAACCCACGUAAGCACGGGAAGAACAUGCAGGCUCCCUGCAGGCUGAGCUGGAUUCGAACCUAGGUUUGAACCCCUGGUGCCACAGUUUUUAUAAAAAAAAAAAAAAUGUAUAAGAUGUGUUAUGUACAAACCGUAUUGAACCUAUGGGGUUUUAAGCCUGGAUUUAAGAGGCCAGAGCAGUUUUGAUGUUUGACGCUUGUUUCUGAAAGACACUUUUUCUGUGACUAAAAGAUGAGGAAGGAAUCGGGUUUCGUGGACACGGUUCUGGGGAACGGAAGCCCUCGUAUUAAGUUCUUGAUCGAGACGGCUCGCUACGUGCUGCAUAGUCCAUCCAACACGUCCAGCUGGGGAACAAUGGAUCCUCCCACCAUGCCCAGUAUGUUCGAAAAGAGCAUCACUGGGGCAGCUGCUCAGCGGUGGCUCAAGGGCGCUGAGUGUGGGCUGGCAUGGCUGCUGCGGCAGGCGUCAGUGUGGGGACAUCUCCAGGGGCACCAUGGUGCUGGUCAAGGAAGGUGAAAGAGCAGAGUCCAGUUCGGGGCUCCUGGUGACGGAGGGGGUUGGCACCUGCCAGCUUGAUGCUUGACUUAAAGAUCAGCUGAGAUUUGCAGCUGCGAUCACAGAAGGUUGUCUGAGGCCAGACAUCCUGUUGCUCUCAAGCUUCUAGGCAAGUCAUCUUGUGGAGCUCAAUUCCUUGAGAAGAUUGGAUGGAAGAGGCCAGUGACAGAAAAGUGGCAAGGUGUGAGGGGUGUCUUUCGAAAGGCUGGAGGACGAGGAGUGUGUCCGUUGCUGUGGGCUGCGGGGGGUACGGCGAGACGGGGAUCACGGGCAGCCGUACGAGGGAGUGUAUGGAAGCUCUUAGCGAGGGUGCGGAAAGGGUAACUAGAAGGUUCUGGAUCGGGACUGGUGAGCUGUGGGUUCGAGGUAAUACCACCUGGAUGCAGACCGGGGCCUAAUCCUCGUUAAGUCACCUGGGUGAGGGUGUCUGAUGCUGAAAGACCCCGAAACACCCAGUGACCCCAGUUUGCAGCACUGAUGUGUGAUAGAAAAGAAUGACGCGCACGUAGUGAAAAAUGGGUAAAACGUCCGCGGCUCGGGAACGCGUUUCUAUAAUGAAAUUGAUGGCGAUUGCAGGUUUGUUCUUCGAGAAUUCACUUUGCGAGCAGAUUUUCAGGCAUGGAUUGCGCUCGCUAUGUGAGGGAAGCCUGUCGUAGUUGGUAUCUCAUCAAAAAAUUUCUCCUCUGCCAGUUGACACCCUAAUCUGUUCUUGUAUGAUUCAUUUUAAUUUUUCCCAUUCUGAUUAAUGUAUUUAUUAAGCACAUUAAUUGCAGUAUUCUACUUAUUGCUGUGAUUUUAUACUGUACCUUUGGUUUUUCUUCUGUGACUACAAUAUGUUUGGCUAUAAACUGGGAAUUAAUUGAGCCUUAA